AUUUUUACCAUUUAUAAGAGGGAAGUACAACUUGGUCAGGAGAGCAUGUCUUAGAUUUUUUUUUUACUCAUAGUGUCAAACAUGGCAAUAUACAAAAUAUAUCACAACAAUAUAUAUUUUUCAUAUUUUUUUUUUAUAGAAUAUUUAGAUUGUAUACAUUUUUGUAUUAUACAUUCAGAUCCCAUAUCUUCAUCAGAUACUAUUACCAACGUUUCAAAUCAUAUCUAUAUAUAAUACCAUAGACUUUCAAUGGCAAAACAUGUGGCCAAUCUUGUGUGCUUACAUAUUGAUAAACUCUCAUUUCUAUUAAUACCAAACACUUAUUCAUAGUACAACAAGAAUCCAUAUUUCUUCUGCAUAAGGAGAAAAAAAAGAAAGAAGAGAAAUAAACCAUGGAAGAAGGAUUACUAAAAGGGUCCAAUUAUGAUGAUGAGCCAUUGCCAAGAAAUGAGAAUGAAAUUACUUCAAGAAAUGGCUCCUCAUCACCAUCAUCAUCACCAACUCUUGGAGUUGUUUUCAGCACUUUGGUUGCUCUAUGUGGCUCUUUCUGCAUGGGCUGUAUAACUGGAUAUUCAUCACCAGCUCAAUCUGGAAUCAUGAAAGAUUUUAAGCUUUCUGUAGCAGAUUACUCGGUUUUCGGAUCAAUAGUGACUGUUGGAGGAAUGCUUGGUGGAAUGGUAAAUGGGAGAAUGACUGAUCUCAUAGGCCGUAAGGGUGCAAUGUUGGUCUCUGAACUUUUUAGUACUGCAGGGUGGCUUGCCAUAGCAUAUUCCAAGAAUGCCUUGUGGCUUGAUCUUGGAAGAAUGUCAUUGGGAAUUGGAAUUGGACUUCUUUCUUAUGUGAUUCCUGUAUACAUUGCUGAAAUAACACCAAAGGAUCUUAGAGGAGGGUUUACUUCAGCUAAUCAGCUCAUACUUGGUUGCGGUUUUUCGUUGAUGUACUUUCUUGGAAACACUGUUGGUUGGAACACCUUAGCUAUAAUUGGUUCUAUUCCAUCUCUUUUGCACAUUUUAGGAUUGUACUUCAUUCCAGAGUCUCCUAGAUGGCUGGCAAAAGUUGGUAGAAAUAAAGAUCUUGAAAAUAGUCUUCAGUAUCUUAGGGGAAAGAAUGCUGAUAUUUACCCAGAAGCACUUGAAAUUAAGACCUAUACAGAAGCCAUUGAGCAAGACUCAGCAAGACUUCUAGAUUUGUUCCAACCAAAAUAUACUUAUCCACUCAUUGUUGGUAUUGGGCUAGCUGUGCUGCAACAAUUUGGGGGAAGCAAUGCACUAGCCUUUUAUUCAGGCUCUAUUUUCACAAAAGCUGGUGUUCCUCUUGGUGUUGGGACUAUAUCAAUUGCUAUUAUUCAGAUUCCUGGUGCUGCAUUGGGUGUUCUAUUAACAGAUAGAUUAGGAAGGAGACCACUUCUAAUGAUUUCUGCAGCUGGAAUGUCUUUUAGUACCUUUCUUCUUGGCUUGUCAUUCUUAUUUAAGGGUCUGCACCAGAACCAGUUACAUGAGCUCACUCCUGUGUUGGUCCUUAUAGCCAUACUGGGGUAUACAGUGUCAUUUUCCAUAGGGAUGGGUGGAUUACCAUGGGUUAUAAUGUCAGAGAUAUUUCCCAUAAAUGUAAAGGGUUGGGCUGGAAGCUGUAUAACAUUGGCAAAUUGGUCAUCUUCAUGUAUAGUGACAUACAGUUUUAAUCUAAUGAUGGUUUGGAGCUCAUCAGCAACAUUUUUCAUGUUCUCUGCAAUGUGUGCUUUUACUGUUGUCUUUGUUGCAAGGCUUGUACCAGAGACUAAGGGAAGAACUCUUGAAGAGAUUCAAGAAUCCAUGACCACAAUCAACAUCAACAACAACUCAUAAUAUCAUAUAAUUACUUAAUUACUUUAUUACCCUUGUAUACCAACCAAUACAACCAACAACUCCUCUAUAAGUUGCAAUGUUGUUCUAGCAGUUUUUGUUAUCUAAAAACAAGUAAUUCUAUGGUAAAGGGUGUAUCCUUUCUUUUUUUGGUAUGUAGAUUGUGCGAAAUGGAAACAAUCAAUGACUUAUGAUUCUGUCAACUGAAGAAACAAGCAACACAAUUAAAAAAUAAUAAAUCGAGAAAUCUCAAAUUUCAAGUAAUGAAUUAAGGAGUAAAAAUAAAUAAAUAAUAACACUAAGUUUAACGAGUUCGAACUAUGUACAAUGCUCUACAUACAUCUCGGUCGAAAUAACAACAGUCAUAUCUUUAUUGAUAUUAGUGUUUAUAAGGUUACAAGAAUCUUCACAAACUAUUAGAGAUUAUAGGAAAAUGUUUCUCUCUCUAGUUUAGGUUCUCUCUCUCAACCUUAUACUAUCACGAUUUUUGAACAUAUAAAUUUUAUAUCAAUAUUUAAUAACCAAACUUCUAACUUUAAGUUUAUUCUCUAUUUUGCUUAAU